CGACCGGGAUGGAAGGAAGUGACGCCGCGGGGCGAUGGAAACAGGGGCGAUUAUGUAAGCUCUCAUGGGGUGAUCAAACGCGCCAAGUCUCCUGAAAGGCAAACACAUCCCAACCCCGCGAAGUCAAAUGACGCGUCGAGCACGAUGGACAACAAGUCCACCUCGCGGCAAUCGGAAAUCGAACAAACAAUCGACCAAUGUUCCGUGAAUCCUAACGUUGACGGCUGUCCUCCCCGACUGGCAAUGAAGAGACCAGGUUCCGACGUCGACUCUCAGAACGCGAACGCGAACACUUCUCCAGAUAGGAAACGGCAACGGGUCUCGAAAGGCAAGCCACGGCGAGCGACAUGGGAUGCGCGACAGCCUUCACCGGGCUCUAUUCUAGCCCUCAUUCAAGGCGAGAGGAAGCAGCUGUGGGUGCCGGGCAUUGCGUGGGGAGAGAUUCAUCUGCGGUCUAUGGAUGUGGUAUUCGAGAGGCGGAAGAUGGGCAAGACAACCAAAGUGGACUUGAAUGGGGCGGCGGUUGAAGAAAGCGGCAAGUGGAAGGACGAUUUUGGCCAGGGAGGAACGGAUGCUUGCCAAUGGGAGGAUGAACGUUGGUGCAGGGCAACAAGGCAGCUCAGUUCGUAUGGUGAGGAGGUGCAACGGUUAGCGGCAAGACAAGUUCUGGAGACAUUCGGACUGGUGUACACAGAGAGGCCGGCAAGCAGAUGGAGUGGUGGCGAACAGCGAGUGAAGGAGAACGAAGUGGCGUUUCAAUUUGGCGGGCAGUGUGUUGACAAGUUGCGAACUGACGGGCUCUUUGGGAGAGGACAUCGGGGACGGUGCAUGGCGUACAUCAACUUCGACACUAUAUCUAGGUUGAGGGUCAGGUACGCGGACAGACGGUGGCAUACUGGUCCGCCGGAGGAGAGGAAGCAGAAGAAAUUGUCGAUGAAUCCGGUGGCGGCGUGGGAGGAGCCUUACGUGGUGGACGUGCUGAUCUGCCUGGCGCAGGAGCAGGCUGCGCUGGGUGGUGAGGAAGGCGAGGACGAAGGGGGGUGGUGGGUGCAUGUUUUGGGAUUGGAGGGGGCACCGGCCCGUAAUGGAUAUUUAUACACGGCGUGGAUACCAAAGGCAUUCCUGGACAAGCUGGAGAAACCUUGGGAGGCUAUUAAGUGUCAACGGGUUGUGGUUAAAUAUGAGGCGAUCAAGCUAGAGAAACAAAAGCUGGAGAAGACGGCGCACCGACUAUGGCGUAGCUUCAAGCGGAAUUUCACCGACUUUCGCUCUAAAGAAUAGCAUAAGAGGGAAGAAACCAUAUUAAAUUAACAUACUCCUUGCUCGCCUCGU